UUGGUUUGCCAGCCCCUCUGAACACACUGGGCCGGUGGCUACAGCAAAUGGAGGAUGUGCUAUCUGAAGACAGCGGGAACGCUGAAGAUCACGCACUUGCUUCCAGAGAUGCCAGACACAAGCAUGACCAACUGAAGGUCUUGCUUGAGGACUUAAGCCAGCACUUGAACACCCUUCAUCACUACCAGAUCACAGAUGAUGAAGUGCCAGUCGAGAAGCUGGAGGAGAUCAAGAGACGUUUCACCAAUGCCAGAGUGACAGCCAAGUACCACGGCAUCAAGCUACAAUACAGAGAGCAGAUGCACCAUGUUUAUGACCUGCUGGGACAUCUGAAGUCUAAGCUGAGCUUGUGGAGAGGGCCUUACGGCUCCCAGGAGUCUGUUCAGUCUCUGCUACAAGAUUGGCACGACACUGUUGACAAGCAAGGUCUGGUGUGGAAGUUGAAGGAAGCACUUAAUAAGCUGAAGGACACAGCAGUCAGCUAUACCAGCAAAGCAGCUCUGGCCGACGACUCACCUGUGGUUAACAGGCGGGUAAAAGAGGCCGAUAGUGAGACGGGAGUCAGUGCAGAAGCUGCAGAAGCAGUAAGAUCCACCAUGGAACGUGUUCUGGCUGCAUGGGAGUCCUACAAAGACUGCCUGUAUCUAUUACAGGUCUGGCUGGGCCAGGAGAAACAGUCAGAGGCUCAAGAGCACAAGCAUUUUUCCUCCAGCCUGAAUGAGUGGAGAUUGCGUCAAGCCCAGCUGAACGAGGUGGGAAACUUUCUCAUUGAUAUGAGUGACGCCUCCACCAGCCACUCUCUGACCGAAGAGCUCCGCAAACUUAACAUGCAGUGGGCUGACUUCAUAAAAAGGACCAAGUUU